UGCCUUUUGCAAGCCUGCUGUUUCUUUUAAGGCUGUGAACAGUGCCCAGAAGGGCCGAGUAAACAAGAGAAUUUGCGGAAAAGGCUUCAUUCAACCACUUUGUUGGGUUUUCAUUGAAUUGCCGAAACAGGCCUUCUUCCAGCCGAGCCCUAGAUCCGCAGUUCCCCGGGGCCGGCCGGCUCCACCCUCCACUCUGCACCGGCUUCCUCUUUGCGCAGAAUGAAGACAUUCAAAUGUUGUUUUAAAUACCCAGCACAGCAGAAAGUUUUUAUCUUAUUUGUAACUCUGUGGCUGUUCUCCUUGCUGAAGCUUCUAAAUGUGAGAAGCCUCCUCUUCCCUCAGAGAGGCAUUUACUUGGUUGAAGCCUUCCUGAGUACCUCGCCUUUUGUAAGGAACAGAUACACCAAUGUGAAGAAUGAAGUCCAGUAUGAAGUUAACUGUUCAGGUAUCUAUGAACAGGCACCUUUGGAAAUUGGCAAGAGUCUGGAAAUAAGAAGGAAAGACAUCAUUGACUUGGAUGAUGAGGAUGUUGUGGCAAUAACGAGUGAUUGUGACGUUUAUCAAUCCCUAAGAGGGUACCAUCAAAAGCCUGUUUCAAGGGAAGAGAAGAGCUUCCCAAUAGCCUAUUCUUUGGUUGUUCAUAAAGACGCCAUUAUGGUUGAAAGGCUACUCCAUGCUAUAUACAACCAGCACAAUAUCUACUGCAUCCAUUAUGACCACAAGUCACCUGAUACCUUCAAAUUUGCCAUGAACAAUUUAGCUAAGUGCUUCUCCAAUGUUUUCAUUGCCUCCAAAUUAGAGACAGUGCAAUAUGCACACAUUUCCAGACUCCAAGCUGAUUUGAAUUGCUUAUCUGACCUCCUCAAGUCCUCAGUUCAGUGGAAAUAUGUUAUCAAUCUGUGUGGGCAAGAUUUUCCUUUGAAGUCAAACUUUGAAUUAGUGUCAGAGUUGAAGAAACUCAAUGGAGCAAAUAUGUUAGAAACAGUGAAACCCCCUAACAGUAAAAUGGAAAGAUUCACUUAUCACCAUGAACUCAGACAAGUGCCUUAUGAAUAUGUGAAGCUACCGAUAAGGACAAACAUCUCCAAGGAAGCCCCCCCUCAUAACAUUGAGAUAUUCGUUGGCAGUGCUUAUUUUGUUUUAAGUCGAGCAUUUGUUAAAUAUAUUUUCAACAACUCCCUGGUUAAAGACUUUUUUGUCUGGUCUAAAGAUACAUACUCGCCUGAUGAACAUUUUUGGGCUACCUUAAUUCGAGUACCAGGAAUACCUGGGGAGAUUUCUAGGUCAGCCCAGGAUGUGUCUGACUUACAGAGUAAGACCCGCCUUGUCAAGUGGAAUUAUCAUGAAGGCCUUUUGUACCCCCGAUGUACUGGCUCCCACCUUCGAAGUGUGUGUAUCUUUGGAGCAGCAGAAUUAAGGUGGCUUAUAAAUGAAGGACAUUGGUUUGCUAAUAAAUUUGACUCUAAGGUGGACCCCAUCUUGAUUAAAUGCUUGGCAGAAAAGCUUGAAGAGCAACAGAGACAAUGGAUUACCUGGUCUUCAAAAAAGUUAUUUAUGGCUAAAAAUCCCAUGAUUGCAUCAUGAUAAAAUCAUGAUAGAAAUAAGGUAUCUGAUAAAUAGAGCUAAUAUGGACUUGUGUGCUAUACCAGGCCCAGUACCAUUCGAGCUUAACCUUGUAGUUUGAGGGCCAUCCAAAAUUACAUGCACAAAGGCGACAAGUAACCUGCAUUUGGUUGGGUGUUUUUAUGUUUGUUUUUCCUUGUAAUCGUACGGAGCUAAAUCAGAAAUCUAAAAGUCAGUCAUCAGAUAGUUACUGAGCUCCAACUGUAUGCCAGGUACUUUUACAGAAAUGUUAGCAAUUAAAUCCAAGUUGUAAUGACUUAGAUAAGGCCUUCAAGGCUUGCCAUAGUCACACGGCAACCUUAAUAUCUUAAGUUUUCCACAUAGCAAUCAAGAUUCUACUGAAAAGCUGUUGGAGUGUGGGAUAAUCACAUAACCACUGAAACCACCAACUUCAGGAUAGUGUUUAAGUAUGAUGACCAACACUUCACUGUCUCUUAAUUCAACUCCCUAGACUUUUAACUGUUACUAGAAGGAGAAACUCCACUACCUCAGGAAAGCUCAAAGAAUCGUCCAAUUUCCUGCUUACCAAAGCAUAAUUUACCUUUUAGUGCCUCACUCUUUCAAUUCAGAGUCAGAAGACUCUGUUGGCGGGGCAUUUAUAGUGUAGGAUGUUAGAGAGGCUGGGUAGGGGGCAAGGGGAUUGGGACAGGUGGUGCCUGAAGACCAACAGGGAUUUAUAGGACUUUUGCAUCAUGUUACACGAUGGUUUCAUGAAUGGUCUCCUUUUUAAUUCAAUGAAUUCUUUAAAACACAUUUACUGAUUCAAAAUAAGAACUUGAUUAAUAGCUCAAAGUAUCACACUCCUAAACUUUAAACCUAAAUCUUCUAGCUCAUAGAUUAUCAUUUUAUGUAAGUUGUUUACAAUGGAAUUAGUAUAAUUUUGUUUUAUGGAACCAGUAGGCUAAGAGUCACUGAAUUUUCUCAAAAUGGUUGUGUAAAAUAUGACAGCUUUUUAAGUUAGCUAUUAUGGUCACUUUAAAAUUUCUGCUUACAUCUCCAGUAACUAUCCAAGUAGAAUCCAAACUUAAAUUUAUGAAAGCUCUAAGCACGCUGAAGUCCUUUCACCUUAGAUACAAGAGAGAAAAAGUUAAUUUUCUUAAGGACUUAGCAAGAAUAUUCAUUAGUGUUAUUUUGUAAAACCACUUUAGAAAACUACCAAAUGAAACAAAUAGACAUCUAUUUUAAUGUCACUGUAUUGUGCUGGAGGGACAGGAGCAGGGUCCCGAGAGCAGGUUGUAACAUUUUUUAUGUGUCUUAAGAGAUCGUGGAGCUCAUGUAAAAGUUUCUUACUGAUCUUACAUUUCAGUGUCUGCCCCAGUAUCUGCAUAACGGUGCAGUAAUGAAGGCCAAAAGGAGAAACUAUUUGGAGGACUAAAGUAUUUAAGUAUUUUUUAAUUGUCUGUGUUCUACAUGUGAAAUGCACCUUGCUUGUUUUGAAGUGUAGGAUACUGUCAAGUGGCACCACUUCUCUCCCUUUUUUCUCUGGAACCCGUUUUCUUCCUCUUUCCCCCCCACCCUCUUCAAAUUACUUCAUUCUCCAGAAAACGGCUAUGACCAAGCCCCUGUUCUUAAAAAGAAGUAACUUGGGGAUGCCUGGGUAGCUCCGUUGGUGAAGUGGCUGAGUCUUGGUUUUGGCUCAGGUCAUGAUCUCAGGGUUGUGACAUGGAGUCUCACAUGUGGCUCCAUCUCAGUGAGGAGUCUGCUUAACAUUCUCUCCCACUGCCCCUCCCCCCAAAAACAAAUAAGUCUUUUUAAAAAAUGAUAAAUAACUGUUGGAUAGAGUUAAGUUCUGCAGAAGAUAUUUACCAGUUUGUUAGCUUGUGUGACUGUGACAAGCUAAAUCAUUUUGGUCUCUAUGAACCUCAGUUUUCCUGGUCUUUAAAAUACUUGGAUAUUGGAAUGCCUGGGUGGCUCAGUGGUUGAGUGUCUGCCUUUGGCCCAGGGCAUGAUCCCGGGUCCUGAGAUCAAAUCCCCAUCGGGCUUCCUGCAUGGAGCCUGCUUCUCCAUCUGCCUGUGUCUCUGCCUCUCUCUGUGUGUCUCUCAUGAAUAAAUAAAUAAAAUCUUAAAAAAAUUAAAAUACAAUACUUGGAUGUCUACCCUGGCUUCGUCACACAUUUGUGUGCGUGUGUGUGUGUGUGUGUGUCUAAGAAUCAGUUGAAAUAGUGUGUAAACUGGUUUGAAAAUGGAGACAAACUAUUGACAAUAAAUAUCAGAGAGUAGUUUAUUUUAUUUUUUUUUAUGAUAGUCAUACAGAGAGAGAGAGGCAGAGACAUAGGCAGAGGGAGAAGCAGGCUCCAUGCACUGGGAGCCCGACGUGGGAUUCAAUCCCAGGUCUCCAGGAUCGCGCCCUGGGCCAAAGGCAGGCACUAAACCGCUGCGCCACCCAGGGAUCCCAAGAGUAGUCUUCUUAUAAGGCUCCACUCCACCCCACUCCAUUGUGAGACUUAACCAUUUACCUCUUCUGGAAAAUCUUUGAAAUACAAAAGAAGCCACAAUGGCAGGAGUGACUUCUGUAAAUGAAUCCAGGUACAAAGAAACCCCUGUUACUUCAUCAGGGGUUCUUUUUAAGCCAAUAGGAUUAGCAAUUUGAUCCAGUGGCAUUGAUCAGUCUUUCCUACCUUCUAGGCCUAAAUACAUAAGGUCCCCCUGAAAUCUUGGUUUUUAUGCCUGUGGCUAUCAGAAUAAGUAUCGAUCUCCUGGUCCAGUAUCUUAGCUCCUCAUGAGAAAUGAUUCUAUCCCUUAUUAAUUGGGAAGUUUUCCAGUUAUUAAUCACUUUCAUGCCAUAUUCAAAUGAAACAUAGCUCCACAAAGAGGUGGCAGUGCCUUUUUGUCCCCAUUGGCACAUUUCUGGGAUUCAAUUCAACAUUUCGGGGAGCUUGUCAGGUCAUCUCUUUUGUCUUGGGAAUCCUAGAGUUUCCUUACAUGUCUUUGAACCUCUUUCAGACCUGAUUUUUCUGCUAAAACCUCUUGGUAUGAUUUUUUUCUGGUCUAGAAAAUGUCCUACAGUCUGUGUUUUAAAAUCAUUCUUUGCAUAGUAUUUAGUGAAUCUAGAGUCUAAGUUAUUUGGCAAUGAAACCAGGACCUUGAAAUUUGUAAGUUAUAUUAGAUAUUAAUAAUGAAAGAGCUACUAAAGUAUAUCUACAUUAUGUGAAUAAUCUAUAACAUUAUAAUAUUUAAAGAUCAAUGUUGCUGCUAUUGUUAAUGUUUUGGUUAUUCUAAGCGAAAUAUAUAUAUAUAUGUGUAUAUAUAUAUAUAUAAGUUUAAAUUUACAGACUUAAAUUUUGAAGAUUUCUCUUGCCUUCUAGAAUAUGAAUAUUAUACAUACAUAUAUAUAUUUUGACAUUUCAUGAAAAAAAUGACAAUCUUUUUUGGGAAUGGAAUGUGAAUGUACUAUGUGUAUGUGACAGCUGUUUUUAUUGUUGUUUCUUACCAUUUUUGAAAGACACAUUUCCCAUUAUAUGAGUUUUAAAUAGAGUGGUGUUGCAUUUUGGUAUUUUGCUGCUAGGAGAUGCUAAUUCUCUAGUAUCGUAAAUUAAAAUGUGCUCUGAAAACUAAA